UGAAACUCAGCCGCCCAGAGAGACAGAGGCAGAGAGAGAUGGCGGGGACCCGGCGGAGGAGCCGUGCAGCUAUGAAACAUCCAAUCAAAAGAAGUCACCUCGUGUCUCCUUCAAAGUCACUGAUCCUGUUGUGUGGAGAGAUGAAAAAUGUAUACAAAGAGAAGCAACUGGAUGAGAUUGUGGUAGUGAACUUGUCUGGACGUUACCUGAAGAAUCUGGGCAGCUUGCCUCAGUCCUCUGCUUUGAAGGUUUGCAACCUGUCUAGGAAUUACAUCACUAAAAUCAAUGCUCUCGCAGGAUGUCCCCAUUUAAUCAAGCUGGAUCUCCAUGGAAACCAUAUCUCGGAUCUCCCAGAUGAAGACUUUUGGUCUGAAAUGAAGUCUCUGCAGAUCCUUUAUCUUCAUGGUAACAUCAUUGGGCCCCUGCGUAGUGUAGAGCCCCUGUUUUCUUGCCCGAACCUCAUCGUUCUGACUCUGUUUGACACCCCAGUCAGUCUGGUUCCAAACUAUCGGCAUCACAUUGUCAACAGCAUUCUGUCUCUCAAAGCCUUGGAUCACUUUGUCAUCUCAGAUGAGGAGAUCAUCGAAGAUUGGCCGAAAUCUGAAGAAUUCAAAGCGUUAAGUCCACAUUUCUUUAUUGACCUCCCAUUGUGUUCACAGAUCUCCACCUGGUGUACGGAGUUGAGACGUAUCAGGAGUCUGCUCUCUACUAUCAACAACAUCCUUGCCCAUCGCUCUCCAGUGCUGAUCAUUCAACGAUGGUUUCGUGGGUUCUUGGUCAGAAAGAAGCUGGGAAUUGUACCGGUUCCAUGUAAAGAACGUGGUUUCCCAUUUCUGGAGCUCCACGGAGAGUUAUGCAGUGAGGGUAUUCAUGUGCUGCAGGAUGGCAGUUUAUGUGUAGCAGGCAGCAGAGGUAAGGAAGAUAGCCAACACAACAUUGUCCAAUUACAGAUAGAUACAAACAAGCUGGAUAUUGCACUACUGGAGGAUCGGUGUGAAGCCAAAGAAAUAACCUCUGGCAUUUACCCAUGUAUUGCACGGUGGAACAGAUGGAACUCUCCAAACUUUCAGCCAAAUAAAAGCAGCAUUUUCAGACAUCGAAUCUUGAGAAAGUCAGAUCGUGCCCCUCAACCAGGGCUAUUUGAACUGGAAUCUUUGACAAAUGAGGAGAAAAAAUGUGAGAUUGGGAAAGAUGGCAAAGAAAAGGCUUAUGCAGAUCCCAGUGGGAGUGUGAAGCCUUUUCGAGUGAUCCACCAGCCAGAUGCUGUGCGUGAAAUGCUGCUCUCUCGUUUGGCGUCUGGUGCAGAUGUCCGUCAGGGCAUUCAGCAGAUCCACGAGAUGCUACGGAACAAACCACAGCGCAAGCUUACCUACCGGCCACCCAUAGGCCUGGACAUGAGGCUGUAUGCUAAAACCCAUGGCAGUGUCUCGCUGGGUCCGUUUGUAGCCAUUCAGAAAGCUUAUAGCAAGAGGGAGAAAGAGGUGAAGCAGCAGCUGCUCAUCGAUGAGAUCCGCAAACUGAAAGCAGCUGAAGACCAAUCAAGGAGCAGCCUUCUCCAGAAGGCCCUCAAGAAAAGUUACAAGCCCCUCCAACAAUAUGAGCAGGACCAGCUGCGGGGGGAACAGAUCCUGCUGCGGCGUAAACUAGCUGAAGCAGAGUGGCUGGCGUUCACUCGCCACAACAACUACCUGUUCCUCACGGAGAAGCACCGCCGAGAGUCAGAGCACCAGUUAGUCACAACAUUUAACUGCAGCUACACCAUGUUGUCAGAGGCUGCUCUGAAACGUCAGAUCAAGAAGAAGAAAGACAAUGUCCAACAACAGAAAGUUGACUUGACACAAGGCAUCAGAAAGAAAGCAAACCAACUGAAGAAAGACAUCAGAGACUUCAUGACGUACCAGUGAGGUCACAGCGAUCAUCUCCUAAUGCCCAUGAAUCUAUCUCAAAGAGGUUGUUGAGACAAAGAACAAAGAACAUUCCAGCACAGGAACAGGCCCUUUGGCCCUCCAAGCCUGCGCCAAUCCAGAUCCUCGAUCUAAACCUGUCGCCUAUUUCCUAAGGAUCUGUAUCCCUCUGCUCCCCGCCCAUUCAUGGAUCUGUCUAGAUACAUCUUAAAUGAUGUUAUCAUGCCCAUCUCUAACACCUCUGCUAGCAAUGUAUUCCAGACACCCACCAAUCCUCUGUGUGAAGAACUUAUAACAUAUCUCUCUCUUAAAUAUUUCCCCUCUCACCCUUGAACUCAUGAUCCCAUGUAACUGAGUCCCCCACUCUGGGGAAAAGCUUCUUGCUAUCCACCCUGUCUACACCUCUCAUGAUUUUGAAGACCUCAGUCAGGUCCCCCCUCAACCUCUGUCUUUCUAAUGAAAAUAAUCCUAAAUCUACUCAACCUCUCCUCAUAGCUAGUGCUCUCCUUGCCAGGCAACAUCCUGGUGAACCUCCUCUGCACCCUCUCCAAAGCAUCCACACCCUUUUGGUAACGCGGCAACCAGAAUUGUACGCAGUAUUCCAAAUGUAGCCGAACCAACGUCCUAUUCAAAUUGUUAAGUGCUUCCAGUUUACUUUGGAAGACAAAAACAACAUGUGUGCUUCAUAUCCAAAUAAUCAAGUGGUUAGAAAACCACC